AUGAUGCAUCGUUCAAGAUCAAAUUCAUUACAUUCAAUUGUAGAAAUGAUUCUUUCAUUAUUAUUACUAAUGAUCUAUGGAAUUAUUAUCAUUUAUAGUAAACCAUUAGAUAUUGAAUCAGAUACACCAUUAACUAUAAGUUUUAAUCCAUCGUCUAAUCAAGUACAAUUAAAUCAACCAUUAAUAAUAC